CUGACGCACUGCCUCUGGGGAGGAAACGGAGCCGCAAACUCAGUCCUGCUCUGCUGUACUGGGUGCAGGGCAGAGGGAGAGCCAAUCACCGAGACGCACGGGCUCCCUUUAAGCCUGACAUAUCUUCCAACAGGAACAAAUUGUCCCAACAAUCAACAUCCCCAAUCUGCUGCGCGCAUCAGGAGGUUGGAGAGGACUGGAUAGAGCCCAGGCCUGACGGGACUGCGCUGAGGCGAGACGCUUUUCAGGACAAACAACCCGCUUUGGAUUCCCGGACGGAGGAGCGAGCUCUGGACACCAUGUCAAUAUUACCGUCCUUCGGGUUUACGCAGGAGCAAGUGGCGUGCGUCUGCGAGGUGCUGCAGCAAGGAGGGAACCUGGAGAGGCUCGGCCGCUUCCUGUGGUCUCUGCCCGCCUGCGACCACCUACACAAGAACGAGAGCGUCCUGAAAGCCAAGGCGGUGGUCGCCUUCCACCGGGGGAACUUCAGGGAGCUCUAUAAGAUCCUGGAGAGCCACCAGUUCUCGCCGCACAACCACCCCAAGCUGCAGCAGCUCUGGCUGAAGGCGCACUACGUGGAGGCGGAGAAGCUGCGCGGCCGGCCGCUCGGCGCGGUCGGAAAGUACCGGGUGCGGAGGAAAUUCCCGCUGCCGCGCACCAUCUGGGACGGCGAGGAGACCAGCUACUGCUUCAAGGAGAAGUCCAGGGGCGUCCUGCGGGAGUGGUACACGCACAACCCUUACCCGUCCCCGCGCGAGAAGAGGGAGCUGGCCGAGGCCACGGGACUGACCACCACGCAGGUCAGCAACUGGUUCAAAAACAGACGGCAGAGGGACAGAGCCGCUGAGGCCAAAGAGAGAGAGAACAGCGAAAACAACAACGCAGGCGGCAACAAACAGAACCAGCUCUCUCCUCUGGACGGAGGAAAGUCCCUCAUGUCCAGCUCGGAGGACGAGUUUUCUCCCCCACAGAGUCCCGACCAGAACUCUGCGCUCUUGCUCCAGGGCAACAUGAGCCACCCCGGGGCCUCCUCUUACCCCAUGUCCGGCCUGGGGGCCCCACAGCCGGUGCACGGCAUGCACGGACACCCGCACCAGCUGCAGGACUCCUUGUUGGGACCUCUAACCUCCAGUCUUGUGGAUUUGGGCUCUUAAAGAAGCCGUUUCUUCUAUUUGACGAAACCAGAAGAAGAAGAGGGGAAAAAAAGGGAAGAGAACUGAUUAAUGUAUCAGAUUGAACACAUGUAUAAAAUAACACUAUUGUAGCCUAACUUCUAAUAAUAUAGACUGACUUAUCUGUCGUUAAAUUUGGGUUAGAAAUGAAUUCCUUGACGCGCUUAAAUCACACCAUCCCCUCAACAGAUUUUUAUUUCUCCUGAAAACACAUAAAACGGACCUUUAAAAAAAUACUCAUUAGGACUGCCUAUUUGCUUAAUUUAUGAUUUUAUUUUAUUAUUAUUUUUUGGUUAAAGCAUAAAGAAAAAAAUUAUAGCAACCGAUGGAAACUAAAAGGUAUCGUUUUCAUUAGAGUCAUGAUAGUUUCCAAUAAAACUAAACUAUUGCA